CUUCUGUAUCAGUUGUUUUAACCGUUCUGUUGAACUUGCACGAAAUGGCGAUACUAACAUUAUUUAUUUGUGCAUUUAUACCAUCUAUAUUAGCUCAGUGCAGCGUUGAAAAAGCGAAACCAUUCUUAUCAAGGUCUGUAUUCGAAUUUUCAACAGAAUUAAUGAAACGAAUCGCUCAAGACACCGAUAACCAUUUUAUCGCUUCAACAUUGUCACCAUGGACGUUACUAGCGUAUACUUCACUAGGGGCCAAGGAUAAUUCAUACGAAGAAUUAGUUAAAAUACUAAGAUUGCAUCGUCAUAAAUGUUUUAUGAACAAAUUCUUCGAUGUAACUAAAGAGAUUUACACACCAACUGCUGAGACAACUCUAGAAGGAGCAUCAGCGAUAUUUGUUGUUGAUAAUAUCCCAGUGAAUGAACGCUUCCAAGAAGAAGUGAGGAGAGCAGGUCUUGGUGAUAUCAAACAAGUGUCCACAGAUAAUUACGAAUAUGUAGCCGCGACAAUCAAUAACUAUGUAAAAACAGCAACUAAUGGAGCUAUAGAUGAAAUAGUUGUUGCUAGCGAUUUGGAGAACAUCGUUAUGAUGAUAGUCGACGCACUUCGUUUUAAAGGAACUUGGAAAAACCCUUUCCCAGUAAACGGAACACAACAGAUGCCAUUCUACGAUGAAAUGUCGAAUGAAAUAGGUACAGUCAACCUAAUGUCUGUAACAGACGUUUAUAAUACAAGAUUUAAUAAUGAAAUCAACGCGACUGUUGUCGAACUACCUUACAGUGAUAACAGAUUUUCUAUGUUACUGUUCGUUCCUUACGCUGAUGAGAAGUUAAGUAACGUUAUUGAUGCUAUAGGGAAGAUAACACUGAAAUCUAUUUUCUUAGAUUUUGCUAAGAAACAACCAAUGGACGUAGUCGUCAGAAUGCCACGUUUCAAGAUAGCAUCCGAUUUAAAUAAUUUGAGAGAAUUGUUGAUAGAUAUGGGUUUGAGGUCAAUAUUUGAUCCGAGUCAAGCGUCGUUCCCUAAAAUAGCUGAUUAUCCUCUAUAUAUUUCUAAUCUUAUCCAAAAAGCAGAAGUAGAAGUGACUGAGGAAGGUACAAUAGCGAGCGCGGCGACUGAAGUAGAGUUCUCCUUCAAAAGCUUCCCAACAACCGUUGACGCGAACAAACCUUUCUUCUUCAUGAUUGUGGACAAGAAAACGUAUAUCCCAGUCUUCUCUGGAGCAUAUUCUAAGCCAAGUGUGUACUAAUUUUAAACUAUUAUACGCAGUACAGUGUUUUAUGUACAGAAAUGUAAACCAUUUUAAGAAGUUGAAAAACGAAGUAAC